GCAUAUUCUCAGUACAAAGCAAAAGAGAAGUGGUACUGGUAAUGCUCGAGGCCAUCAAAAGUCAAAACACGUCACGCGUGAACGUGAGAUCGAUGAAUCAACCCCCUGGACCAAUGACCAUGACCAUGCCUUUACUAAUGAUGAUUGCCCUAACCUCAUUGUCGUUGUUACUUGCCUCCGGCGAACCAAUCCUAACAACUUUAGAUGGCCCGUUCAAGCCAUUGACCCGCCGGUUCGACCCGUCUCUACGGCGAGGCAGUGACGACUUGCCUAUGGACCAUCCGAGGCUGAGGAAGAGGAACGUCAGCUCCGAUUUCCCAGAACAGAUUGCUUUAGCUCUCUCUACUCCAACCUCCAUGUGGGUCUCAUGGGUCACUGGUGAUGCUGUAGUUGGAAAAGAUGUGAAACCGCUUGAUCCUAGUUCAGUUGCUAGUGAGGUUUGGUAUGGGAAGGAGAAAGGAAAAUAUUUGCUAAAAAUGAAAGGGAAUGCAACAGUUUACAGUCAGUUGUAUCCCUUUGACGGUCUCCUCAAUUACACAUCAGGCAUCAUACACCAUGUCCUCAUUGAUGGUCUUGAACCAGAUACCAAGUACUAUUACAAGUGCGGCGACAGCUCUGUUCCUGCAAUGAGCGAGGAGCUCUCUUUUAAGACUUUGCCACUGCCAAGCAAAGACGCAUAUCCUCAUCGAAUUGCCUUUGUUGGGGAUUUGGGUCUUACCAGUAACACAACCACCACCAUUGACCAUUUGAUGGAAAACGACCCUUCGAUGGUUAUAAUUGUUGGGGACUUAACGUAUGCAGACCAGUACCGUACAAUUGGUGGCAAAGGAGUUUCAUGCUUCUCAUGUUCAUUUCCCGAUGCACCUAUUAGGGAGACGUAUCAACCUCGCUGGGAUGCCAGGGGAAGGUUCAUGGAACCACUAACCUCCAAAGUCCCAACGAUGGUCAUUGAAGGAAACCAUGAGAUUGAGCUUCAAACUUCCGGAAUCACCUUUAAGUCAUAUUCUGAAAGGUUUGCAGUUCCUUCAAGUGAGAGUGGCUCCAACACCAACUUCUACUAUUCUUUUGAUGCGGGAGGAGUGCAUUUCGUUAUGUUGGGUGCAUAUGUUGAUUAUAAUCACACUGGAGCACAAUAUGCAUGGCUAAAGGAAGACUUGUCUAAAGUUGAUCGCGCAGUGACACCAUGGCUGGUUGCAACAAUGCAUCCGCCUUGGUACAACAGCUACUCCUCGCACUACCAAGAGUUUGAAUGCAUGAGACAGGAAAUGGAAGAGCUUCUUUACCAACACCGUGUCGACAUUGUGUUUGCAGGACAUGUACAUGCAUAUGAGAGAAUGAACCGCAUAUACAACUACACAUUAGACCCGUGUGGGCCAGUUUACAUAACUAUAGGAGAUGGUGGUAACAUUGAGAAAGUUGAUGUGGACUUUGCGGAUGACCCUGGGAAGUGUCCUUCUCCUGAAGACAACAUCCCCGAGAUAGGAGGAUCAUGCCCUUUAAAUUUUACUUCUGGCUCUGCAAAAGGAAAGUUUUGCUGGGACAGACAACCUGAUUGGAGCGCCUUCAGAGAGAGCAGCUUCGGCCAUGGAAUCCUUGAGGUCAUGAAUUCAACGCACGCCCUGUGGAGAUGGCAAAGGAAUCAAGAUGUCUAUAGGGACGACAUCGCUGGUGACCAAAUUUACAUUGUCCGUCAACCAAAUGUCUGCAUUUCCCUGAAAUUUCGAGGCGAAGAAAGAGAGAAAUCAGGCGGCAACAAGUCUAGGUUUUCCUCUCCCACAUUACUAAUGUUCAUAUGUAUACUCUUCAUGUUUGGUACUUCUAGGUCCAUUGUUUUUCGACAUGUUAAAUAAAAUACGGGUAUAACGAUCAUAAUUUAUUUUGUGAUAAAUCGGAAUUUGCUUUGAGCCUCUUUGUCAUUUUUGGUUAUGAACUCUACUCUAAGUGGUUAAUUAUUGCUGAGAAAUCAAGCCCAAACACUCUGUGUUCUGCGUAAACUGUAGUGUUAUGCCCAUAACUUGGUAUCCCAGGUAAUCUUUGAACGCUGGGAGAAUUCCCCUUCAUUUUUGUGUUUAUGGCCUCUUCUUGGGUAUUUAAAUUCUUUGGUAUGCCGAUACUUGCAUCCUGAUUUGAAUAUUUCUUAAUUCAAAUUUAGAUUUGCAUUAUCUACAUAUGUAAGCACUUGAUGAGGCAGAAUAUAAAGACCAACUAUAGCCAUGGGUGAUUUAGCGUUUUUCAGUGACUUGUGUGUAGAAUCUUCCUAACAAAUCACGAGGAAGGUGCCUCUUGCUCAACAUGCCAUUGCAUUUUCCAAAAUAUUCAUUGAGUCAUAACCAGUGCUCCAAAGAGCCUCAGUUUCCUGAGAAAUGCGACGGUUGAUGUGAUCCCAUUGUUGGAGUUUGGAUGCGAUCGAAAAGAUUGACGCCAAGGUUCAGAGGAGGCAUACGCGUGUAAGAUAGUCAGACGUCAAACUGAUCCCUCAACACAUUCAGUUUGGUGGAGUAUUUAAGGAUAACAUUCUCCACUCCUGCGAGGCCGGCGCUACAGUAAACAGGUGCAAGCUGAUCUGAUCAAAGAAGCAGUUCUGAGAUAUAGUUCCGUUGCUUCGCUAGCCAUAAAAAGCAAGCUGCCAACAUGAGAUUGACUGGUUUGAUCAGGUGUUACAGAGUUUGAGACUUAUUGGAAAUGAGCCAUUUUUUGCUCCAAGUCCUCGUUAGAGUUAUUCCCGUACUUUCGAAUGUUGGUAGCUUUUGAAAUGAUCUAAAUCUUUUGGUGUUUGGUUUGGUUAGUGAAUGUUUCUAGCCAAAUUUAAUUUUCUUUGUUGAGAUAGUGUUUGUGCGGUGCUUCAUUGGCUU